AUGUUGAUUAUCCACAGGGACGGCGCAGUACAUAUAACAUCAUCCUUAGUGGUUCAUAGAGUUGUGCUUCUUUUUCAGAAUAAAAUUAACCAAAUAGCCGCUAACUCUGCAGAUGAAUGCUCGACCUCGACAAAUUCUAGGCCAAGGAUGUGGACAUUGGAUGAUUUUGACAUAGCAUAUAGUAUUGGAAGGGGAAGAUUUGGAUCCGUCUUUGCCGUUCGUUCAAAGAAGGAGAAAUUCUUCAUUGCGAUUAAGGUCGUCUUGACUCGACUACAUCUACAGUCACAACCGAACGUGACACAACGCGUCGCGGAGGAGGUGCUGUUCAAGCGUACUAUUGACGAGAAUAAAAUGCGAGAACAAGUAAAAGAUGAGAUCGAAAUCCAGUACCACUUAUUACAUCCAAAUAUUCUAAGAUUGAAGGGAUUUUUUCAUGACCUACACCGUGUCUUCCUAAUUACUGAAUUUGCAAGAGGCGGUAGUCUGGAUGUUCGUAUAAGGAGGGAGGGGAAACUAAAUGAAUAUGAAGCGUCCAGGUAUAUCCGGCAACUAACUGACGCACUUUGUUACUGUCACACGAAACGAGUUAUACAUCGUGAUGUGAAACCAGAAAAUAUUUUUCUUGAUGGGAGCGGAAAUAUAAAGCUUGCUGACUUCGGCUACGCCAUCAUCGCGACUACAGCACGUGGACCACCGUGUGGCACUUUGGAGUACAUGCCUCCAGAAAUAAUCAACGAAAAAGCCUUUAAUCACACCGUUGAUAACUGGGCUGUCGGUGUGUUAUUGUUUGAAAUGCUUGUUGGUCAAUCACCAUUUUAUUCUGAGGAUACAGCCAAUAUAGUAAAAGCAAUUUUGGCUUGUAAAUUUAAAGUACCGGUGUCAAUAAAAGAAUGGCCAGCUGAUUUGAUAAAGAAACUAAUUGUGAGAAAUCCAGCUAAAAGAGCAUCCCUUUCUGAGGUUAUAACUCACCCAUGGAUAACCGCUAUGACAGGAGCUUAA